GGCUCCUUGUCCCUCUCAAAUCAUCCUUGGAGGCUGACACAAUAGCUUGUGUGCUGCUUGCUGUUGGAUUCCGCUAGUCAUUGUUCGUCGACUACAAUGAGUCGUGCCCUUGCCUUGUACCCGCUGUACCGCGUCCCGAGGACGAUACCAUUCCUUCGAGCUCUGAGCAAGACCUACCCCGUUCUUCUCAAAUUCUUCGGUAUUAUCUUGUUCUUGAUUAACGUUCGCUCUUGGCCUCUUACCUGGCAUCUUCGCGUUUGGAGACCUGUCUUUCAGAUCAAGCUAAGACAAACACUCGCACAACUCAGUUGCAUCUUCCAAUCGCGCAGGAUCAGAAAUGCCGAGAAUGAACGAUUCUUGGAGUCUUUGUCACCAGUUGGCAUGAACCCACUAGAUAUCACCUCCCCUUAUAAGACCUGGGCUGGUCCCGAUGAUUGCGAUUUUAACUUUCAUUUGAGCAAUUCUUCAUACGCCAAGAACCUUGACGCUGCUCGUUUCAAGACCUCAGCAACAUUCUUUCCGGCCCUAUUCACAUGUGGUGGUUUUGUUGCACUAGGAGCUACCCAUUACAGCUUCCUCCGCGAGAUCCCUAUCUGCGCUAAAUACGAGAUGAUCUCCAACUUGCUUUGCUGGGAUAACAAAUGGAUCUACAUCGUCACCCGGUUCAUAACGAGAGGUCAGAACCGCAAGUCGAAUCUCCCCAAGCUCGGUCCCUCCACCUCUAACAUCAACCUUCAACUGAGCAACCUCGAACUCAACUUACCGGAUUUGGGACCAGGAUCUUCAGGUCUCAAACAUUUCAUCUCCACUGAAGCCUUGAAUGCUGAGAGUCAAGGUGCAACGCUCAACUGUAUCGCCAUCUCUCGCAUGUGCUUCAAGUUCGGUCGAAUCACCGCUCCUCCCUCCCUAGUCCUCGCCUGUGAAGGGUUCACAAACCCACUUCCCAAAUCCCACCUCCUUUCUUGCGAUCCCAACUGUCCUCUUUCGACUUAUUCCCAUGCAAACCCACCUCCGCAUUACAAGAAGCAUGUCCUCGCUUUGCGAAAUCCGGAUUUAGACAACGGGAGUCUGAAGCGGUUGCAGAAGUUCUUGAAGGGAGGCUGGAGAGAUGUUCCAGAGGGUGAGAGGUGGUGGGAGGAGGCCUUGGGAGGUGCUCUGGAAGAGAGGAGGAAGAAGAACAUGGAGUUGGUCGAUGGGGUGAGGAGUGGAAUGGAUAAUUUGAGGGAGAUGUAUUUCUCAGUUGAGUAGAUGGCAUCUUUUCUGGUUUUACUGGUCAUUCAUCUCUUGCGUUGUCGUGUAAACCGUGAUAUGUUGGGCAGUGUUUUCAUACCGGUCUCGUCUGGUUUUGGGUGUAUUAUCUGAUCGCUACCUAUCCAAGCUCGCUGAAAGUCGUUCUUUAGCAUGUCUAUGUCUUUCCUUUCGUGGUGUUGUUGUCCUUCGAGCUUCAUCAACAAGUCUUAUAGUGCUGCAGCGUGUACACCACUCGUUCAUUUGUGUUCUUGCUGUAGGCAUAACUUUCAAUCA